AUGUCAGAUUUGCCAGAUCGUCCUGAAUUCAUUGAACUUAGUGAUUUGAGGGUGAGUUUUUAUUUAUAAAAAUCCACGUGGCAGAAAUUUUGUUCACAGGAAAUUCUGGCGCACACUUCACCAACCACAUAUUCGUCUUCAAGGGUGUCGACACCAAAUACUGUGAAACCAACGCUUGCCAGAUGUUCGAAUUUUGAUUUUCAGACAAUUUCAGAGGAAUAUUGCCAGAAUGGUUAGUCUUCAGCGCAACCGCUUCAGCUCUCAGUUACUCUGCGUCUCUAACUUUAUAAGGAUCUCUAGUUGUCUGAUUUCUCUUCGUCUCUAACUGAAUCUGAUCUCUAACUGCCUAUCUUCUCUGGGUCUCUAACUUCAGAUAAGCUUUGUAAAUUUUGAAUUCCUGAAAAAUCCAGAAGUUCAAGAUUUUAAAUAAAAUUGUUCCGGUUUCUUCAGAAUUAUAAUUUUUUUGUUAAAAAAUUUGAAACAAAAAAAUCUAUUCAUUGAUGCAAAUUUUUGCAAUGAAAAGUUUCGAAAACAAUAAAAAGUAUAUACACUUUCAGAAAGUAGCUCCAUUCUCUGAAAUUUCAGUAAUUGAAAUUCCAGCCUAAGCUAUUUUCUAGCACCACAAAGAAAAUGCUAAUUUGAUUUUCGCUCUAUCUAACAAUUUUUUGUGAUAUAUAUCACAUACAUACAAAAAACCAGCUUUUUCGCCGGCUUCUUCUCAUAUUCUAUGUUGCUCUUUUGUUGACCAUGUCCAGUUUUUAUUUCAUGUCUACUCAUUUCUCCACUCACAUCAGUUUCAAUCAAAAAAAAUGAAAAGAGCAAGAAAAUUUUGGACAUUUUCCAAAACGUUCGCCUUUUUGUUUUGUUUGUUGAUUUGUUAAUUCCCGUUUCACGCUUCUGCUUCUUUUUGCGCGCAACCCUAUUUUUUGGGAAGAAAUGAGAAGUGUGUUCUCUUUUUUUUUGUUUUUUGAGUUGGGUUUUGGAAUUGUUGUUCUGUAGAAAGGUUACUGUAAACUUCAGUUUAAUUUUCAAAUUUUUUAAUUUUCAAUUUUUUUGUUCACAAAAUUUAUGAAUUUAUUAUGGAUAGUUCAAAAAUUGAAAUUCAUCAAAAAAUAUUCUCUAAAUUUUAGGUCCCAAAAUAAACCCAAACCAGUUAGUUCCUUAUUAUUUUUGCGUCAGUCCUCAAACUUUCUAACAAAAACAAACAAAAAUCCGUUCUCUUGUGAAUCCCCCCUCUCCCUGAUCCUUUCUUCGCUCCAAAAAUGCCGCAACUUGCAGCCUCUUCCGCUCCCCAACUUUUCCGCUGUUUAUCAGUUCAACAAAUUCGCGACGAUUUCAAAGUUCGUCGCAAUUUCUCGAAACGAUUCUCGCUUUUUUCGGCGAGGAAUCUGAGAAAUUCGAAAUCGGCGGAAACUUCGGCGAGACACAAAACUCAAACUCAUAAAGAUCAAACAUCGGCUUGGUUGAGGAAUUCGAAUUUUGAGUAAGUUAUGGGGGUUGAAUUAAAGGUUUUGUAGAAAAUUCAAAAAAAAAUUGUAGCCUUCGAGAAGAAGAAAUUGAGGAAGGAGAAGGAGAAGGAGAAGCUGAAAUGGGAUGUCAACCGAAUAAUUUCAGCGAUGAGCGGAGACCCGAUCAGGUUAGUAGUCCGUAAUUGCGGAGUAUCGUUUAAAUCCCUCUAAAUAAAUAUUCCAGCUUGCUCGAAUGAAUUCCAACUUCUCACUAUCCAGCGAAACCGGUUCAAUCGAUAAAAUCGUGCCAGAUUGCGCAGAAACUGCUUGGAUGCGGGAUAAAGAUGCAAAGUAAGUCAAAAUUUCCUCCCAAUGUGGAAUAAUUAAAGACUUUGGUAACCAAAGAACGCUUAUUUAUGUGUGGUUUUCAAACUUUUUAAUCUGAAUUGGAAUAGAAAAGAACAUUGUUAAUUGUUGGUUUGUUGGUGUUGUUCAGAUUGAGAAAACAAGAAAGAAAGUAAAAAAAACACAUUUUUAUUACGAUUUUUAUUUGCUAUUUGCAUAGUGUUCUACUUGUAUUCUCUGAGAACAUUUUUGAAGAUGCUAGAAUUCCUGAGAAUGACUUUUGGUGAUGAAGAAAGUUUUCAACGAGCUAGGUGAGCUGAUUUUUAAAUGUGAUUUAAUGAAAAAUAAUAAUGGAAACUGUUUUGAAUUUUAAAUUUGAAUUAAAUUAGAGUUCAUUUCCCUCAAAGAUUUUUUUAACAUAAAUUACUUUGCUUUUAGAAUUUACAGUCUCGAAUUACUGUAACAUUUUUUGAAAUACACAUACAAUCUGAAUUUCCGCGGAGUUCACGUGGAUUCACAAGAAGUUCACAGAAUUUAUUGAAAGUUUUUUGAACGAAAUGUAUUCUAAAAAACUUGCAAAUUGGUUCCAAUUCCCAACUUUUAAAAAGUGGUUUGCCGAAAAAUUGUUCAGAAAUUCUAUGAUUCAUCGCCUUCUGUUAUGUUUUGAUGAUCCUUUCCUGCAAUAAAAAUAACCCAGUUUUUCUUCUUCAAAAAUCACAUCACAGAAACUAUUUUGUUCGACUUUUUGUUAUUUUGAUCAGACAGAAAACCGGUUGCCUCCCCAUUUAUUCCGAUUUUUGUCAGAAUCAGAACAAUUAAAAAACAUUCGAGAUUUAAAUUUCUUCCCUUCCCUGAAUUUCCUAUUUUUUCUUUCAACUAUGAAACUCCAAUGUAGCAGGUUCUCGAAGUGUCCAGUUUUCUUAACAAAAAAAAGUUUUUUGCAGAACUUCUUUGCUCACCGCGUGCACUGUAUUUUAUGCACUAUUUUUGACGAUUUUCUCGCUGGUUUUGGAACUCGCGCAUCUUUUGAAUGAUGAGGAAUCGAGAAAAUUGAAUAAUAAGGAUAUUGUGAGUUGAAGCUUGCGCGAAACUGAAAAUUUGAUAAUUUCAGAUCUUCGGAUUAUACAUGUAUGGCGGUUCAAUUUUAUUCUUUUUCUACAUGUAUAUUGUGCUUUUGCUAAAUCCCAGAUGGUAUACAACUAUGCGAUAUUUUUCGGUAAGUUAGACCAACUCUGGACAGACUUCACUGAACAUCCAGUUUUCUUUUCAGAAAAUCUUCAAGUAUCCAGUCGUCAGUCCGUCUUCCGAUUCUUUGAGCUCUGCAGCAGCUACAGUAAGAAAAGUGACGCAUUCGAGUCCAUCAGCUGGAAGUUUGUUUUUAAGACUUGGAUCUGUUAGUAAGUUGUUUUUCUUUUCCAAUUUCAAAAAUGUCUUGACUAACAAGUUUUUUCCACAGUAUUUGGUGUAAUCGGAGUGGUCUACUAUGCAUUUUUGGUGUUUUUGAGUCAUUACGAGCAGAAAAACAAUGGUCUUUCAACAGCUCUUGAUGUUUGUGCAAUUUUAUUUAUUUUUAUUCAAAUGCACUUCAUUUUUUGCAAUUGGAAAGUGAGUUUGAAAGUGGAAGCGGAAGCGGAAAUGGGAAAAAAUGAAUGGUGUUCGAGAACAAAAAAUUGAAUAAUAAUUUUUGUAACAUUGCUCAGAUUAGGCCCUAAUUGUGUUGGAAAAAUUCUCCUCUUUUAGCUUUCAAUAACCGGUUCUCACAUGGUUGCUCGAAUUGGAACAAUGCAUUUGGUCGCUGCAAAUCUUUGGACCUGGAUAAGAUAUGUUUUGAUGGAAGAAGGUGUCAUGGAAAGAGAGAUUCGAGAUGUUUUCGCUGAAUCAAAUCGCUCAAGAUUCUCUUCAGAUUCUUCCGAAGAAUCAAAUCAUCAUUCAUCAGAAGAAUUACGAGAACAUCUAUCAAAAGAAGGUGGACAUUGUCAAGCAGCUGAAUGUAUUCUAGGAAGUCUAUCCGAAGUUAUGUUCACAUCAAUUGUUGAAUAUUCAUUGAUUGCAGCAGCUGUUAUGUAUAUUGUUUGGAGAAAUAUUGGAAAAUAUGAUGGGGAUAAUGCGACUUAUGUUAAAAGGAAACAUCAAAUUCGUGUUGAUUGUUCAAAAACAACAACAGGAUUAUUCCUUGGUCUCGCAUUUCUAGCAAUUACUUUCACUUCAAUGGUUGUUUAUUAUGGAUUUACAAUGUUGAAUAAAUCUCGAAAUGCUGCAUUAGUUUAUGCAUUUACUGAUAUGUUUCAAUAUGUCAUGUCAACAAUUGGAGUUUUUACGGCAAUUUAUCAGAUGAGAGCGUUGAAAUAUUUUAAUAAGAAGGUUCAUAUGCAAAAUAGAGAUCAGGAAUUGUUAGAUCAAAUAUUGUUAUCGAUUGGAUUGGUAGGGGAAUUGAUAUAUUCUGUGGCUGGAUUGGUUGGUUUGACUGGAGAAACGAGUUGGACACAUUUCACUUUUAUUUUGCUGUUUGUACAUGUUUUUAGAUUGUUACAGGUUUGUAAAAGCGGGAGGGCGGGGCGAAUUCACCAGAAGAACAUUUGAAAAAAACACUGGUUAUCAAACAAUAUUUUCAGUACGGUAACUCGGAUAUAAAUUUUGAAAAUUUUUUAAAUUGAAAUUCAUUGAAGGCAUUUGAAGAACAUUUUCAAAAAUUCAGAAAAAAGGCCCUUAAAAAAUUACCUGAAAAAUCGUAAUUUCUUUCUGCAGGUCGGCUCCCAAACCUUUCUUUUGCACGUUGCUCGAAGUGUUCGAAUGGGUUGCGAAGACAAAGAAUCACAACCCGGAAAACAAGCAAUCACAUUCUUGCUCACCGCAAAUCUCGCAAUUUUCUUCAUGAAUCUUUUCGAGUCGGAAAAAGCUGGAGUUUCGGAAAUUAUUAUCAGUGAGUUUUUUGAAACGUAUAUUUUCCCUGGCUCAAUCAAAAUCACAACUCUUCCAGAUUUCUAUGGCAAGCGAUCUUGGGUAUUUUUGGUGCGAAGUUUCUCACCUCUCACAAUCUUCUAUCGAUUUCACAGCUCUGUUUGUUUCGCCGAAAUUUGGAAAAAUGUAUAUGCUUCAAAAUCAAUACAUCAUCAAGAUAUGCUAAAUCAUUCAACAUCCACUCCAAGUGCACAAAUUAAUUUAUAG